ACGGUCUACGUCAGCAGCUGUCGUUCUAAUGGCUUCCUGCUUUGUCUGUGCUGCUUCUCUCUGAAACAUGGCCGAUAACGUUUAUUAGGUUUAAUUUGUUUUUACGACGAAAUAGAGCGUGAGGAGCGGGCAGCAGCGCUGUUACGUGGCCACAAUGCUUCUGUUCCAGCUGCCUGAAGAUGUCCUGUUUCAUAUCUUGUCUUAUCUGGACUUUAGGUCCCUCGGUCGUCUGUCUCAAGCCUGCAGAGCUAUGUGCCGCUUUGUAAACCGGGACACUGUGUGGAGGAAGAUCGCUAAAGCUUUAUUAAACACCGGAAUUACUGGGAACGGGACAGACAUAUAUCCUCACAUCCCGCUGAAGGACCGAGUGAAGAUAGCCCUAAACUGGCGUGAAGGGUCAUGCAAACGAGCAGCUCUGCUCAAAUGGAAAACAAAACUCUUGCCGUGGUUGCAGUUGGAGGGGAAUGUCCUCUUUCUGGCCCAGGAUGCUACUAUAGGAGCCUAUCAUGUGCAUAAAGACUCUGGGAGGCUUCAGCGUUGCCCAUUUCAAAUCUACUCAGGCCACAGUGGUGACGUUUGUCGAUUUGUACUGACGGACUCCUACCUUAUCAGUGGUGGAAGUGAUGGCAAGAUCCUGGUCCAAAGCAGGACAAGGAAUAUGCUGAUGAUGUUAUCAGGUCAUAACCAGGAAGUCAACUGCUUGGACUCUAAGGAUGUACUGAUCAUCAGUGGAUCCAGAGACAGAACAGCCCGGAUAUGGACUUUGAAUUCCAGCUUCCCCAGGGACACCAUCCCUAUGUACGACAGAGUGUGGUCUGUUACCAUUAGUCCAUCACUCAGCUCUUUCGUAACAGGAACGGCAUGCUGUGAGAACUUCUCCCCUCUCCGCAUCUGGGACGUUGAGCGCUUGCAAUGUGUGUGCAGUCUGGGCUCCGAGUUCCGUCGUGGGGCUGGUGUGCUGGACAUGGUGUUUGAGUCUCCCUUCCAGCUGCUCACCUGUGGGUAUGACACCUUUAUUCGACUGUGGGACCUGCGACUCAACCCUCGAAAGUGUGUGCUGGAGUGGGAGGAGCCUCAUGACAGUGCUCUGUACUGCAUGCAGACAGACGGGAGUCACAUGAUAGCCAGCGGCUCUUCGUACUAUGGAGUCGUACGACUGUGGGACAAGCGGCAGACCGAAUGCCUUCAGAUACUGUCAGUGGCAGGAAGCAACUGUUUAGCGUUAUGAGCAAGGCAAUAGGAUGUGCCCUUCAAAGGAAGAAGCGGAAAGACAUUGUAGAAUCAGACAGCGUGACAUGGUAGUGUCCAGAUCACGGAUGCCGUUUUUACAUCUGCUGUGAUGUGCUUUUGUCUGGCGUGUAGUUCUUCCAGCUGAGCUCAGACCUGGUGAGCAGCCCGGUGUACUGCUUAAGGUUCAACUGCUCUCACUUGUAUGCAGCCCUGGCCACCAGUCUGCAUGCUCUGGACUUCAGACAGUCCCCCAACCACGUCAGAUGACACACAGAGCUUACACACAGCUUUACUGGUCUGUUCAGUAGAGGAAAUAUGUAUAUUUUCACAAUAAAUGAUUGAAAAGAAA